AUUUCAUUAUUUUAUUAACAAAUACAUGGACUAGAUUUUAUUACUUUAUGUUUUAACAAGAAUUACUAAAGUCUUCAGUGGUAGGAGGCACGGCACCAUCAGUAGAGACCUUUAAUAGUUAAUAGAUAUAUAUAUAGAAAACCAGCUGAAGUUAAGUUACAUUUAGUGGGUCAAUAUAUUAGUAAGGCUUCAGCUGCUUUAGUAAAAUAGACAUGUUUCUGGUAGGGUUGACUGGUGGUAUAGGGACGGGCAAGAGUACUGUCAGUGCCAUGAUCCAGGAGAUGGGAGUCCCGGUCAUUGAUGCUGAUCUCAUUGCAAGACAAAUUGUGGAGCCCGGCAAGAAGGCAUGGAAGAAGAUCAGAGAAACAUUUGGAGAUGAAAUGUUCUUAGAGUCUGGAGAACUUGAUAGACCAAAGUUGAGCAGCCUGGUGUUUACUGAUGCAGAGAAGAGAAAGACCAUCAACAAAAUAACUCAUCCAGAGAUAUAUGGUGAAAUAAGGCGUCAGGUCUUCCGCUACUUUCUGAAAGGAGAGCAAUUUGUGGUGUUGGAUCUUCCACUUCUCUUUGAGAGUAAUAAAGUUACAUCUUACUUAUACAAGACAAUUGUUGUUUCUUGUGAUGAUGAGACGCAGCUUGAACGACUAAUGGAUAGAAACCAGUAUACUGAGAAAGAGGCCAUAAGUCGAAUUGAAGCCCAAAUGCCCCUUGAGAAGAAGUGCAAUAUGGCAGACAUUAUCAUUGAAAAUUCGGGAAGCUUAAGCAAUACCAGAAAGCAAGUAGAGGGCAUCAUCAAACUUGUGAGGACCUCAAAUCACCACAUUUAUAAUCGUGUUGUCUAUGGAGGAGGCUUCAUGGCUGUUUUGGUGGCUAUAUUGUACCUUCUUAUUUUUCAUGUGAUAGGAUUAUUAUAGAAUGAGGCCAAAUACGGUGAACAGUAGUGAAAACUGAAGAUUGUAGAGAAUACUAACACUAUAACACAAACAGUGCUGGAGUAAAGUCGGUCUGGAGAGCACUGUUGUUCUGUAGAAAGCAUGCAUUUUAACUUCCUUAACUACAUGGAGAAAAAAUAUUUUUUUGUAUUCACCACACAGGUAAUAGUCACAGUGUCAGCUACGAAAAGUAUUUACAGUAAUUUAUGGUUACUUAAAAGUAAUUAUUAAAUGACUACCCUUUUAAUACCUUUUUUUUAUGGGGAUAAUAUAUUACUUUCUCAUGUUUUAUUGCCAUUUUUAUAUAAAACUACGUAUUUUAGUUAUUUCUUUAGUUCAAUGUUUUCUCAAAUGAUAAUUUUAUUUGCUUACCCUGUGAUAUUAUUUGAGGAUGUUUUAGUUAUUAAUCUACACAUUGGAUUGUAUUUUAAUUAAAAUUUUACUAAUUUAUGUUUUAUAUGAAAAUAUUGUUUUACAGUUUAUUUAACCUACCUAAUUUAAUGAUGUAAUAUGAACACAUUCAAAAGGUGGAUAUUUUAAUAGUUCACCAGAGAAACAUAGAGGCAUAUCUUACCUUUGUUCCGAAUUCUUUUCAAUCUUACAUGUAUUCAGUUUUUCCGUGCACUAAAGUAUGAGGUUUUGUGCAAAAUUAUCUUCGGUAUUUUUUGUCAACAUGUAAAUACUCGUACAGUGUUGUCAUGUUCUCUCACCAAUAAUCCAACAUUUCUUUUUAAUCAUUUCAUUCAAUUGAUUUUACAUGAUGUAAAGUUCUCACUGAAUAACCUGUAUGUUUCAUACUGCUUAAUAACUUUGUUUGAGGGCCUCUGAAAUCUUGAAGAGCAAGAUAUACUCCUCAGAAGGAUGAUUUUGGAUAAAGCUUUUGGUAACAGCAGGUUUCUCACCUUGUGAACCAUGGUAAAAUAUUUGGUGUCAUUUGAUCUGGCAGUUGUUUCCAGCACCAGUUGGACAUCAGGUCAGGAAUUGAAACCCUCUUAUAGGCUAAUAUGGUUAAGAUACCUUCGACAAUAUAAGGAAACUCCUGCUCCUGAUCCCACAUUUCCUGUAACAGUAGUUCCUCCUGGUCAUUGUUAGGCAUUAUUGCUGCAAAUAUAUUCAUGUAGAUGAGCCAAGGAGACUAAGUGUUAUGCUUGUAUUAUUUUAUUUUUGUUUUUUGGUCCAUUGUAAGCUAUACAGUUGGUUAGUGUGUUCAGUGUUUAGAAUAUCAUUUAAUUCAUUAUUUUAAUAUACUGUACAUGUGAUGCUAUGUGAGUGAUGUAAUACAGUAUGUAGAGUGAAAAUUGCCAUAAUGGACAGUCUUGGCUGUCCUCAUAACUUGACCACAUUUUGCAUUGUUUUUAUGUGCAGUAUUUGCAUAUGUCAUGUUGUGUUAAUAUAUAUUCUUGUUGGGCAUUUCAGUCCAAAAUGUUCUUUGCUCGUACAUUAGCAUUAUUUAAAUGCAUAGCUACAGUACAGCAGUUUCCAAAAUGUGUUUAGGAAGCACUUAACCUUGCUUCCAAUAUAUCUUAAGAGAUCAUUCUUAAAUUCAUUAUUUAUAUUAGGUCUCUUCCAGAUCUACAGUCAUCAGUGAAUGGGUAUUACAGAACACCUUAAAGAGAAUCCAUUGAUCUUCAGGCAUCAUCCAAAGCUCAUUCUUAAGAUACUAUUUUAGUUAUGACUCAAGAAAACAAUGCAAUCUUGUUUUAUGGCCUGAGCACAAGAUUUAAGAGGUUUUGCCUCCUCUUUUACCUUUAACAUUACCAGUAUGUAUAAAAUCUAUUCUAGAAACUUGUGUUAAUUUUAAGGUACCUCUUAGAAGAGCUGUGACUGUGUGGCUCAAUCAAGUACUCAUAACAUGAGUCUUUUCUUAAUGUAGAUGUAAAUUCUUCAGAGUCGGGUGCUGUCAAGAUACAAUUGACUAAAACCCCAUCUAUUGUAUUCUAUUUGUGGAUGGCUUAAAAUCCCAAGUCACUCACAAAUGACCAGAAGGUAAUAAAUGAAAGAUUGAAAUAUGAAAUCUCAUUCUUUGUCAUAGGGAAAAACACAAA